AUGACUUCUUCGGAUGAUGAUACCGAUGCAUCUGGUCUUUUCAACGAACCCCAAGACUAUUAUGCUCCAGAGAAAUCAGCAACUUUCACCUCAUACACAACAAAGCAAGGCACAAAAAUCCCACUUCGCCUAGUCGGACAUAAUCCUUUGUGGGGUCACCUCUUGUGGAAUGCAGGUCAAGUGAUUGCUCAUUAUAUCGAAGACAAUGCAACGACCUUGAUACAGGGCAAAAAUGUACUCGAGCUCGGUGCUGGCGCCGGCCUACCUAGUUUUGUCUGUGCCAUACAAGGAGCCAGAAAAGUUGUGGUCACAGAUUACCCAGAUGCGGACCUCAUUGAGAACUUGCGAUACAAUAUUGAUCAUGCUGUCGACUCGGAAAGACGCCAUUCGAUAGUUGCAAAAGGAUAUCUAUGGGGUAACGAUACUCAGACACUUCAAGACGAGCUCGACGCAAGCAAUAAUGGAUUCGAUAUCCUCAUCCUCGCCGACAUCCUAUUCAACCACUCUGAGCACACGAAAUUGAUUACAACACUCCAAAAGACCUUGAAGCAUGACAGCAACGCUCGAGCUCUGGUUUUCUUUACUCCCUAUCGACCAUGGCUUCUGCAAAAAGAUAUGGACUUUUUCGAGCUGGCAAGAGAAGCAGGGUUUCGGGUCAAGAAACUUUUCGAGCACACUAUGGAUAAGGUCAUGUUUCCUGAAGAUCCUGGAGAUGAAAUCCUCAGACGUACAGUCUUCGCAUAUGAAGUCGCUUGGCAGACGUAG